AUGGAGUCCUUUGAUUGCGAUGUUGUGGUCAUCGGCGCUGGUCUGUCCGGUCUUUCGGCCGCCUAUUAUCUGGCAAAGAAGGACAGGGGUCUCAGAAUAGCUGUUCUUGAAGCAAAAGAUAGAGUUGGGGGUAGAACAUUAACCCGCCAGCUGACAGCUGCAGAUGGGACCAGAGAUUUUUGGGACCUCGGUGGUGAGUGGGUGGGCAGACCACAGCCACAUAUGCAGUAUCUUUUGAAAAAAUUCAACAUUAACACAUUCAACCCUGUAUCACCACAUGAUGGACGCGAGACAACAAAAUCUCCAGCUCUGUCCUGGCGCACCCACUGUGAUCUACUGCAGUUUUCUUGGAAGUUGAAACGACUUCAGAAGAGACUGAUUGGAGUUGAUCUCAGAAAUUGUGUUUAUGCUUUGGAGUGGGAUGGAAUUAGUUUGGAACAGUAUAAGGAUGAGCAUCUUUGGACACAAGGUGCUAAAGAGAUUGUGGAUGCAGCCUGUAAGUGCAUGUUUGGGCUGGCCCCAUCAGAGAUGACCCUGCUCUACUUCUUGAUGUAUGUCAAUGCUGCUGGGGGCCUGAGAAUAUUUCUUCAUCCCAAGGAGUUCACCGGGCAGGAAUGUAGAAUCAAAGGUGGUGUCCAGCAGAUAGCCUCUCACUUGGUUCAUCGAAUAGGGAAAAAAUAUGUCUACGUCAGCCAGCCAGUGACACAUAUAAUUCAGUCUAUAGAAGGUGCGCGAAUAGUGACCUCAAACCGUUUGGAGGUUCUUUGUCAGAGGGUCAUCAUGGCAAUACCACCUCACCACGCAGCUGCCAUUAUUUACCAGCCAUCCCUACCCCAUGUUAAGCUUGGCCUGCUACAGAGUGUACCUUUGGCGUUCUUGGUCAAAUUUGCAAUUACCUACGAGGAGGCAUUCUGGAAGCAGGACAACAGCAGAUUCCACUACGGGUUCCAGUCUGUCCUGGAAAGUCCUGAGUUUGGACCCGUAGGUAUUGUUUAUGAUGCAACUUCAGGCCGGGGCAAUCCAGCACUGGCAGGUUUUGUCUCAUCUUCCCAUUGUUUCGAUAGUGAUCCCAAAAAUAGAAGAGCCAUCAUCAUGAGGCUGAUAGAGAACUUGCUGGGCCCUCAGUGCCUUAAGGUUUUGGAGUUUUCCCAGAUGGACUGGAGCAAGGAGCCUUACAAUGGAGGCUGCUUUUUGAAGUCUCUCAUGCCUGGGACAACAAAGUAUUUUAACAGUGAACUAAGGGAGCCUUUUGAUCGAGUCCACUUUGCUGGGACUGAAUCUGCCACUGUGUGGUGUGGGUUUAUGAAUGGUGCCAUACAGUCAGGAUUUAGAGCUGCUACAGAGGUGCUGUAUCACCUUCGACCCCUGAUCGUCACAUCCCCAGAUCCAGACAUAAGCAGUCUCAAAGAAGACAGAUCAUUGAACGGACAAAUGCACAGCUCAUGGUUAACCUGGGCUGUGCUAGGCAUCGGCUUCGCAUCAGUCAUUUUGCUUGUUUCCAGAAAUAACCGCCUUUCACCUCCAACGACUUUUGUAAAAAAUAUACAACUGGUAUUUGACACCAAUCGACUUAGCUGA